AUGCCAGCCGUGCCAGCUCAACAACGCACCUGCUCUCUAGUCCCCCGGCUACUCGGCCUUCCGGCUCUCCCCUCUCCCCAAGCGCUCCGAAAAUCUGACGUACGAGUGCAGUCGCGCUGUGCUCAAGGCAUCAAGGUUCUCACUCCAUCCCAGGGCGGUUUCUUCCCCAAAUUUCUCUGCCUCUCUCUCACACACACCCGCGAGAGAGCUCAGCCUUCACGUCACUCACUGACCAAAUCGAGGAAUUCGCGCUCCCUCAUCCCGCGCCGCCCAUUCACGGCUUACGAGAGAAGCGCGCAGCAGGUCCCGAUACCGCUACUUCUUCCCGUUGGAUUCGCACCAGUCGGAGAUUUUCUUACGGCUCUUCAGCUCCAUGCUGAAAGCCAUUCAAAAUAG